CGUACCUUCUCUGUCUGAAUAUAUACAUCUAUAUUGUUAGAGAAGAAGAAGAAGAAGAUACAUGAUCUUUUGGAGAUAAAAGGCAUGGAGGAAUUGUUGGGUUUAUUGAGGAUUCACGUAAAACGGGGCGUAAACCUUGCGGUUCGGGACGUCCGUACCAGCGAUCCUUACAUUAACUUUAGGAUGGGCAAUCAGUCACUCAAGACUAAAGUAAUAGAAGGGGAUGUUAAUCCUGUGUGGGAUGAAGAUUUAACUCUUUCCAUAAGAGAUCCCGAAAUGUCAAUCCAACUUAAUGUGUACGACUAUGACAGAUUUAGCAAGGAUGACGAGAUGGGUGAUGCGGAGUUCGACAUAAAGGCCUUCAUAGAAGGCUUGAGAAUGGAUUACGCAGACUUCCCCGACGGGACCAUAUUGGCAAAGGUGCAACCGAGCAGGAAAAACUGCUUGGCCGAAGCCACCACCGUGGUUUUGAGGGAUGGCAAGGUUCUUCAAGACCUCUGCCUCAGAUUGAGAAAUGUGGAGACUGGUGAAGUGGAGCUUCAGCUCGAGUGGAUUGAUCUCCCUGGUUGUAAAGGUCUUCGUGCUUAACUUCAUCAAUGUCCCAUUGGU